GCCAAUCAAAUGCAGAUGAGGCUCGAAUUGAAAGCCAGGUCUCGCCCACAUUCCUUAAUCUUCCCCUUGCAAAUAUCUCAGCAAUUUCUCAUUACUCCACAAUCCCACAAAAAUUGAAGCUUUAAGCUCCAACGAGGACCUGUAUUUUUGUAUCCAAUUCUAUGGCAGCUGCUUCGUUGCUUGAAGCGAGCCCACUGAAAUGGCGGCAGAACCUCCCUAUCCAGUUAUCCCCGCCUCGUCCUCUUCCCUCUCUCCCCUAUCCCAUCCCUCUCAGACCUGCUAAAUUCGGCGAUACGAUAAAAGGUCAGAGCUUUGAUAAAUUCAGCGUUAAGUGCUCUUUCAUGGAUGAACUUUUAACGAACUCGGAUAAUAAUGCCCCAAGUUCGAGUUCGAGUUCGAAUUCCAAUCCCACAUCCGUUACUAGAUUAAUAACAGCUAACCCUUUUGAAAUCAUUUACAAUGCGAUCACAAAAGCUCUGAAAGCGCUUAAAAAACCUGCAAUUGCAGCGAUUUUAGUGGGGCUUUUAUUGAUGUACGACCCUAAUUCUGCAUUUGCUGCCUCUGGUGGAAGAAUGGGUGGGAAGUCUUUUUCUCGGUCAUCUUCGUCAUCGUCCAGAAGCUAUUCAGUGCCUCGUACGUCUAGUCGCGGGUUUUCAUACUCCGUGCCGUACUACGCGCCGUCGCCGUUUGGAGGUGGUGGUGGCAUUUACGUUGGUCCCGCCGUGGGAGUCGGUGUGGGUGCUGGGUCUAGUUUAUUUUUGAUAUUGGCUGGUUUCGCGGCGUUUAUGUUGGUUUCAGGGUUCCUUUCCGAUAGGAGUGAGGGUGGGGUGCUCACUGCUACCGCAAAAACUAGUGUUCUUAAGCUUCAGGUUGGCUUGUUGGGCAUGGGAAGGUCUCUUCAGAGGGACCUCAACAGAAUUGCAGAAAUUGCAGAUACAUCCUCAUCAGAGGGUCUGAGCUAUGUCUUGACAGAGGCAUCACUAGCUUUGCUUCGGCAUCCUGAUUAUUGCAUCUCUGGUUAUUCAUAUGCCGAUGUGAAGCGAAGCAUCGAGGAUGGUGAAAAACGUUUCAAUCAACUUUCUAUUGAAGAAAGGGGGAAAUUUGAUGAAGAAACACUUGUUAAUGUGAACAGCAUAAAAAAACGAAGCACAAAUAGCCAAAGAGCUAAUGGAUUUAACAAUGAAUAUAUAGUGAUAACUAUCUUGGUGGCUGCUGAAGGAGUACAUAAACUGCCAACCAUCAAUGGCAGUGGAGACUUAAAGGAAGCAUUGCAAAAACUGGGUUCCAUUCCCACCAGCAAAAUACUUGCAGUUGAGGUGUUGUGGACCCCUCAAAAUGAACAUGAUACACUAACAGAGAGGGAACUACUCGAAGAUUAUCCACUUUUGAGGCCUCUGUAAAGUAUAUAGCAUUAACUUGGACCCCCCAAAUCUUUAAAAUAAAAAAAAAAUAAAAAAAAAAAAAAAUUAAGGUGCUUUUGUAUAGAAUAAGAUUGUGUAUGGGAUGGGAAGCAUUCUUAUCUCUUAUUGAAUAGAUGGCAUCAUGUUGUGUUCAAUUGUUGAACUUAUACAGAGAAAUGUUUAAUGUGUACGGCAAUACAUUAGUUUUCUUACUGGCAGUUUAGUGGCCAAUAUAUAUUCCCAUAGUUUAUGAGAAUUUAGUGUAUGAAGCUUUAAGGUCAAAUUAAUUUUUUCUUUCAA